ACUGGGAGAGUGAAGCCUUGAAGCAAGCCGAUUCCCAUGCUUUAAAACCCCAACAGGAGGUUGAUUUCCCUCCUGAAGCUCCACAAUCAGACACACCCUAUUUCAAAUUCCGAAAAAUGUCAACUUUAACACCAGACUUACUCAUUAAGAAUCGAUUUCUGGGAUUCUUAAUCUGGCAAUCGAUUCCCUCUACCGUAGUCUAUUUCUUCCUUAAAGCCUUCAUUUCAACUAUCGCCAAUUCCAUUGCUGACACUGAUACCUCCAGCUUGCACAGUACAAGCAGCUCCUUAUUUUGGACUUUCGUACCUUCAUUCAGGGGCUUCAUCUCGUUCAUCACAUUCCACUUUUCCCUGCUUCUUUUCUCCUCUACACUCUCCGUCAUCGCUUCUCCACAGCCUGACCGACCCGCCUCCCUGUUUGAGCUUGCAACUGGUCUUAUCCGCCUCCUCUAUGUUCCCGGAGGCGGGGGUGGCGGGUCUCCGGUGGUUGAUUCCGAAGAUUUUCGACAUCGGGCGAAGGUUUCUUUGAGCUUUGUGUUGUUUGUGGCAGCGGCAGCAGCUUCGGGUUUCACAGCAUCGGUGUCGCUUUGUGGUGUGAGAGCAAUCAGAGACCAUGAUGAUGGGUUUUGGGUGAUUGGAAGACUGGGUUUAAGGGGCUUCUUGGUGGGUUUGCUUUUUGGGUUGCAUUAUGUUUAUAAGCGUCGGUGGGUUUUGGAUUUUCCUAUUAUUCAGCGUCCUCCUUACUUCAGCUUCAAAAUGGGACUUCCUUCAGCUGUUAGACGAGCUCUGAAGCUUUCCUGUGUGGCGUUCGUAUUUUCAACUACUUUGGUUCAGUUUCUUCCGCAUCCACUGAAGAGCAGCAUCACCAUGCGAAGAUCCUUCAUGGAGCAGAUCAUCUGUUCCAUUGGGAGUUUUGCUGUCUUUAUCUGCUGGGAAUUGACUCAUCAUUUGCACCGGGUUUUACAUACUAAAAGGUUCAUGUUUGCACCCCCAAAAGGAUCAGCAGCAGCAGAAACAAAUCCAAGCGAGUAUCUCCUUGUAGCCUUGGAGGAGAGUAAUCCAACAUCUCUUUUACGAUACCUUGCAUAUCUUGAUCUUUGUAUGGUUUGUGAGAACAAUGUUGACACUUGGCGGCGAGCUGCAUUUUUUGAAGAAACUGGUGAGACUUACAAAAGAAUAAUAGCAGUGUGUUUGAGGCCUCUGGAGCAGCUAGCCUCAAGGCUAGGUGAAGGCUUGGGAAAUUCUGUUGACAAACCUGCUCAAUUAUCAAAUCAGUUAUUGUCUCCAACAGACUCACGACUAGAUACGAAGUACUUAGAGCCACUAACUAACUUCAAGCUUUAUGCGUGGUGUUCGAAGACCGUGGCUUCACUGACUGCCUGCUCACACAGAGAGGACAAGUUUGGAGCUGCUCAGCUUUCAGGAAGUAAUGCAGCUGUCGUGUCGACAUUGCUAUCCUGCCUUCUUGCUGUUGAAACAUUCAUGGGAAAGAAGACAAACCUACAAUCUCCCAAUCAGCUGUCAGGACCUGCCAGUAUCCGGUGGCUACCGGCAAAUAGUGGAAGGGCUGAUGUUGCAACUGUCAAAAGAAGAAGUGGACCUGUAAAUUCAAAAGCUUAUGCUGUUGCUGAUGUCCUCAAGACCUCUAUCUAUCAAAUUGUCUCCACAUUCCAUGAUGAGAUGUUGGCUAGUGCUAAAGCAGGUCUUCUUGAGAAGGACUGGAUCACAAGUGGGAAACCCAUUUUCGGUACUCGGGAGAUCCUUAUACAAAAGUUGCGCUUGUUUCUUGAUUUCCGAGCUACCUAACUGCAAAUUUCUGGCUUUGAUUGCAACUUCCCUUGUUGACCUAUUGGUGGGAUAUCCUUUGAGCUAUCAACAUGCUUUACCGACAUAAUAGUACACACAGGUUUGUUGCCUAGUGGGAGGAAGGGGGGGGGGGGUGGGGGGAAUCAAUUUUGCUGUCUGAAUAUUGAGAUGGAUAUUAAUUGCUUUCUGUGUUCUUGAAUGCAAUUGAUUUGCCAGUUGAAUUCA